AACUCAUGAUAAUCCUCACCGAAUAUAACGUCAAAGUAUUUUAACGUCAAAAUAAAUUUGACGUCACUUGGUCACUGUAACCUACAAUGGACGGACGCAAGUUGGGAAAGUCGCUGAAUGUUGUUCAUAAUGAUGAAAUAUGGAAAGAUCACAUCAAUAGAGAACUGAUAGCACAAAAGCAUUGGCCGCAAAAAUGGGGAUUUCUUUCCGACAUAUACAAAGAGCUUCGAUCAGAAGAAAAACCGAACAGUACCAACGAAGAUACCAAAAAGUCGGAACCGAAAAUUAGAAAAUCCAAAUUUCCAGCAACCGAUUCAAAUAUGAUUGGGUGGAAAUCAGCAUUAACAAAGCCAAACCCGUACGGAAUUCCAGAGGGUCGAGCGAGAGGAAGAUGUGACAUACUCAGAACAUUUAAUUGGCCACAAGAAAGUCAGUAAGAAUCAUUUAAAAAUAAAGAACCAUACUUUCA